AUGUUGAGUCUAAAGUCCACUUUUAGACCUAUAAAGAGUUGUCUACCACAUAAAUUAAUCACCACCAGACUAAUUCAUACUUCUUUAACCCAAUCACGAGAUAUUAAACCUAAUACUACACCAAACAAUGAAAAACAAAAAGUUGUAUAUAAACCACCAAUAACAAUAGAACGUAAAUUACCAGAUCCUUUUAAAAAAAGAGAUCAAAAUAGAAGAUAUUUCAUAGUAUACGCAAUAGCAAUAACAUUAUCAUGUAUAUUUAUUUUCAAUUAUGAAAAAUCAUCAUCACCAAUAGUAAAUUCAAUAUUAUAUUUUUUGAGAAGAUCUCAAUUAGGUAAUGAAGUCCUUGGUUCAAAUAUUGAAUUUGCAAAUAAUUGGCCAUGGAUUUGGGGUAAAUUAAAUACUGUUCAAGGUAUAAUUGAUAUUAAAUUUAAAGUUAAAGGUUCAAAUAACCAGAUAGGUUGGAUUAAAUUAAAUGCAACAAGACAAUCCAAAAUGCAUCCUUUUGAAAUUCAUAAAUUUAUUUUAGAAAUUGAUACUAAUGAUUCUAAAGUUGAAUAUAAUUUAAUGGAUGAUCCUGAAUUUGAAUUUGAUUUAUAA